ACGUGAAGAUAUUGAAAUAAAUUUACGCCGCCUAUAAAGACGUUUUAGUGGAGGUGCCGGUUAGUUGUAUCUAAGGUUGUGGUACGUGGUAGUGAAAAGUCCCUAUCAGAACGAUUCUUUCUUUUUAUCAAACUUGUAGACAGUAGAACCCUCAAAUCAUGGCUGGAAAACUUCCUGCUCUUACCAAACCUGCCCCUAACUUCAGCGGGACUGCUAUAGUUGAUGGCGAAUUUAAAGAAAUCAAGCUCUCGGAUUACAAAGGAAAAUACCUGGUUCUGUUCUUCUAUCCACUUGACUUCACGUUUGUUUGUCCCACUGAAAUUAUAUCCUUCAGUGAUCGUGUGGAGGAGUUCAAGAAGAUUGAUUGUGAAGUAGUGGCUUGUUCUACAGACAGUCACUUCAGUCAUCUAGCCUGGGUGAACACUCCAAGAAAAGAAGGUGGCUUGGGUAAGAUGAAAAUCCCACUAUUAGCAGAUAAAAGCUUGGAAAUUUCCAAAGCCUAUGGUGUUUUAAAGGAUGAUGAAGGAAUUUCUUUCAGAGGACUUUUCAUCAUUGAUAACCACCAAAAUCUGAGACAAAUCACUGUCAACGACCUACCUGUGGGUCGAUCAGUGGAUGAAACUCUAAGAUUAGUGCAGGCAUUCCAGUUUACCGACAAGCAUGGCGAAGUGUGCCCUGCUGGCUGGAAACCUGGAGAUGAUACCAUGAAGCCUAACCCUAGCGACAGUAAAGAAUACUUCUCUAAACACUAACUCAAUGAACAGUCGAUGUUACUUGUCAUCGUUAUUUUUCAUCUUCAAAUAAACUUCUUGUUUCAUAGCAU